GAGGUGGGGGGGGACAAUGGGUUCCCUUGUGUAAUGAAUAGUGUGCCAAAACCUCUUCUUCUUGGAAGAAGAUGGCAAUACCUAAACAACAAGAACUCGGGCAAAAUGAACUAAGCACACAGCAAGAACAGAACACUUCAUUCUUGCUAGAUGCACUCUAUUGUGAAGAGGGGAAAUGGGAAGAUGAUUCAGAAGAAGAGGUUUUGCAAGAGAGUUCUUCCGUGAACAACCCCUCUGGCGAUCUGUUUUCGAUUUCAUUGCUUGAACAAGAUUUGUUCUGGGAAGAUGAGGAGCUUCUCUCACUCUUCUCUAAAGAACAAGAACAACAAGCUUCUGUUAGUGUCAAUAAUGUGGCAAGCGAUCCUUUUCUCUCCAGGGCUCGUCAAGAAGCUGUGGAGUGGAUGCUUAAGGUCAUUGCUCAUCAUGGAUUUUCAGCUCUCACAUCAAUCUUGGCUAUCAAUUAUCUAGAUAGGUUUCUUGUUAGCCCUUGUUAUCAAAGAGAUAAUAGACCAUGGAUGAUCCAGCUUGUGGCUGUCACUUGUCUUUCUUUGGCUGCCAAAGUUGAAGAGACUCAUGUUCCUCUUCUGCUAGACCUCCAAGUAGAAGACACGAAAUAUUUAUUCGAGGCCAAAACCAUUCAAAGGAUGGAGCUACUAGUGCUUUCAACACUGAAAUGGAAGAUGCACCCAGUGACUCCACUUUCAUUUCUUGAUCAUAUCAUUAGGAGGCUUGGAUUAAAGACCAAUGUUCAUUGGGAGUUUCUCAGGAGAUGUGAGCAUCUCCUGCUCUAUGUUGUCUCUGAUUCAAGAUCUGGCUGUUAUCUUCCUUCUGUGUUGGCCACUGCUACAAUGAUGCAUGUUAUAGACCAAGUUGAGACCUUCAAUCCCAUUGACUACCAGACCCAGCUUCUUAAUGUUCUCAAGAUAACCAAGGAAAAAGUAAAUGGUUGUUAUGAUCUGAUUCUUGAGCUAUCGAGGACUCGAGCCAUUGCCAAUAACAAGCCUAAAAAGAGAAAGUUCGAGCCUACGCCUCUGCAAGGGUCAUCGGUCUCUUCGUCACUAGAAACUCUGUUUAAGAAGGGCAGAACCCAAGAGCAAUGGGUCUUUGUGGACAUUAUUGGCAGCCCGCGUUAAUCUCUCUCUCUCUCUCUAGGCAUCUGCCACAUAGUAAUAUUUCUACUAUGUUUAUUAAGGCCUCUUUAAAUUGCGUCCUAUCUUGACAAUUCCAAAGUUCCCCGCUAUAGGUAAUCUUCAUAUGAGAGGGUGGCCCUUUAAAGAAGAGGGCAAGAGAGUCAUCUCCUUUAUUAAUGCCUUUGGCGCAUGCACUUCCUUUUCA